ACUGGACGUGGAAAGGGUGGAAAGGGAUUGGGAAAGGGAGGUGCUAAGCGUCACAGGAAGGUUCUUCGUGAUAAUAUCCAAGGUAUUACUAAGCCUGCGAUUCGUCGUUUGGCUCGUCGUGGUGGUGUAAAACGUAUCUCUGGAUUGAUUUACGAAGAAACUCGAGGUGUAUUGAAAGUCUUCCUAGAAAACGUUAUUCGUGAUGCAGUAACUUAUACUGAACAUGSUAAAAGAAAGACUGUCACGGCUAUGRAUGUCGUGUAUGCAUUGAAACGMCAAGGACGUACUCUUUAUGGUUUUGGAGGKUAA